CUGCCGCCAAGUAAAUCUCACAUUAGCACAACACACACAACCUCCACCAUGAGGUUCUUGGCAGCGUUGGUAAUGCUCGCCCUCUCGCUCUCACUAACAGAGAGCGUGAUGGUGUGCUACGUGGAGUCCUGGGCUGCACAUAGGCACGAAAAGUUUGACGUGGAAGACAUAGAUCCCAACCUGUGCACUCAUCUGUUAUUUGCCUUUGCUGGCAUCACCUCCGACGGGGAGAUUAGUGUACUUGACCCACAACAUGAACUUUGCGACAAUGGUGGAGACUGUGCCUUUGAUAGGUUCACCGCCCUGAAGAAGCAGAACCCCGAGUUGGUAACCAUUCUCAGCGUCGGGGGCUGGGCGGAGGGCUCUGAGAAAUACUCCAAGAUGGCUGCAGAUCCUGCCAUGAGGAAGGUAUUCAUCAGUACUUCAAUGGCACUCCUGAAGGAACACGACUUUGAUGGUAUAGAUAUGGACUGGGAGUUCCCAACCCAGAGGAACGGGAUGCCUGAAGACAAAGAGAACUUCGUCACCUUGAUGGGGGAGCUGGCCGACGCGCUACACGCCGAAGGAAUGAUCCUGACAGCCGCCGUGAGUCCUUCAAAAUACACCAUUGACGAUGCCUACGACGUGCCGGGGUUAGCCGAGCACUUGGACUUGUUGAACGUCAUGACUUACAAUUUGCACGGUGACUGGGAUAAUUACGUACACCACCAGUCCGGACUCUACCCCUAUAAGGAUGACACUGGGAAUAACAAAUACCUCAACAAUGACUUUGCUAUCAAUUACUGGAUAGAGCUAGGAAUGCCGAGCAACAAAAUAGUGAUGGGUAUGCCACUAUACACCGCCUGCUGGACACUGGAUGAUCCUUCCCAGACCGAUUACUACUCACCAGCCGAGGGGACAUACUCGUUUAACUACUACGAGUUCUGUUACAACCUGAAGAUGCAUCCAGAUGUGUGGGUGAUAAAGACAGCCGAGGGCAUGAAUGAACCUUACGCCUACUACGAGAAACUCUGGUGUUGUUAUGAGAACCACACCUCCGUCGCUAUCAAGGCCAACUACGCUAAGGAGCACAACCUGGCGGGUAUGAUGGUGUGGAGUUUGGACUUGGAUGACUACCAAGGUAAAUGUCACGACCGUAAUUUCGACCUCAUCAGGACCAUGGUGGAAAACUUCUCAGGCAGCGAUGAAGUGCAAAAAUCUCAAAGAAGAUGAAUACUUGAUGUUUGUCAAGUUCACUCGUGACGUAAACUUCUCACCAUGUUAAUAAUAAUAAUAAUUAACGGCUUAUUGAAAAGUACAGCAGCCAGAGGCUGAUAUUAUACAAUAGACAGAAAGACACAGUAUUAGUAUAGUGACAUUAGGAAGUGAUUUAUCCAACAAAAUAUUUCAAUACAAAAAAGAGACUUGGAGUAAACAUACGGGUUGUCUAUGAAUCACUGAUUAUUUGGUAUUGUAAAGGAACAAGUGGUCUGUAAGUCUGCCUUGCUAGUGGUGUUAAUAUUUGUGUUACUGACAA